CUUGAAGGACCAAUCAUGCACAACUGAUAAAGUUAAAGGACCUAUAGUGUUUGGUCUUUUAAAAAAUUGGGGUACCUUACCAAUGACUUGAAGAGAGGAGGAGAGAGAGGAGCUUCAAGCUUGGCUAAUUCUUUUCAAUGGCGGAGAAAGGAAAGCCGUUGAGGAUGAUGGCUGAGGCCUUCACAGACCUAUCAAAGUGCAUCGCUUCCCAGUCUGGUGAAGAAGCGCAGCAGAUCCAAGUGGGCGCAUUUUCUAGUGCCUGCUCUCAUGUCUCCCCUCUCUUCGCCUGCCUCGGCAUCGCCUUCAAGUUUGCCGAGCUCGAUUAUGUAGCCAAGGUAUAUGUAUUCGUAUGUCCCCUUCAUUUCUUCAUCGAUUAAGUAUUAUUUUUCCAACUCCCAAUUUCAUCCUAAAACCCAUCCAUUCAGUCUUAUAUUAACGAUUUAUAAUCAAAUGUAUGCAUCUCUAUUGUAAAUUUCUACUAAAAAUAUGCAGAGUACUUCAUUGUUGAUCACACAACAUUCCAUUAGGGCUUACUGGAAAGCAAAAUACAAUACCAACCCACCUGUAACUUCAGAACUGAAGGAGAUGAACUAAACUCCUUCCAUUGCAAUUUUACUGUUUUCAUUUUCGUAGAAAAUUUUACUUUAUCAUUUUUAUAGACACUUAUAAGGGGAACUUUUGCUACUUCCUCUUCAAUUAAAUUCUCAAGAAAAAAAGAACCUGUCCACUCUUUACAUAAAAUUUCCCUUGUCUAUGUUAGGAUCUUUUUUUUUUACAGCCACCCCAACGCGUUAGUGGAAAUGAAGUUUCAUCCUAAACCCAAUUUUCAAAGAAGUGAUACUCCUUUAAAGUUUAAUUGCUAGGCGUGAUAUGCUUAAGUUUCCAAUGUGAUUGGUUACUUUCAGAGUUCAAAGGCAUCACAAACAUGAACUCCCAAAACGUUUGAAUUUUCCCUGUUAACAAAUGCUCAUGCACUCUCCUAGUCAUUGUUAUCAUUGCAAUAUGAUCUGGCUCAUAAACAUUCGUUUUGCGUGUCCAUUUGAUCAAAUUUUACCAAUUUAGUUGCAAUGGAUGCAAACGAGCAAUUAUCCAAAUGUGAGGCCUAUACCAGAAGACAUUUGCUUACCAUAUUUCUUUUCUGUAUUUGAUUUUGAAAUGUAAAUAUGAGUGUAGAGUUUCUAUGACGUUGGUGACAGGUUGAAGAUCUAGCGGAUGCAUCAAAGUCUGUUGCGACAUUAAGAGAAAUGAUAGACUUAGACAUCGAAGGAAAUUGUGUAAGAAAUGCUGGCAGUCAUACAAGGAAUCUGCUGAGGGUGAAGCGUGGGAUAGAUAUGGUUAAAGUUUUGUUUGACCACAUUUUGGCCUCUGGGUAUGUUCUGCUUUUAAGGUUAAAUG